AUGGAAAACAUAAAUGCCCUGAAGAGAAGUAUAGUACAUCAAUUUCUUAAUCUGUUUAAUCCCAACGAGGCACUAAAAAUCUUUUCGAACAUACACGUGGACUUCAAAGAGAAAUACAAAAUUGUAAAGGCUGAGGAGCUUGUUGUCGACAACUGCAAGAAUGUUUAUGAGGUGAAAUUGUUGAUAGUGGCAUUAAGGGUGCUGUCAAAAUAUGCUGCCAACAUUCUACUGCCAGUUCAGAUGAGGCCCAAUGGCUGGAAGACUAUAUCAUAUUUCAACAAGAUAUACAAUGAGAAAGUUCAUCCUAUUAUCGGUACUGAUGAAAUAUUGGAAAAGUUGAACUAUGAAAAGCUUCCCAACAAAGAUUUUGAAUACGUUGUUAGCGACACAGCUAAUCAUAGCAGAGAAUAUGUGGCUGAAAAAGGUCUUCAUUGCAAGCAUCCGAGGAAUUGUCUAGAUCGCCUUAGGGAUAUGGACGUGAAAUCACUACAGAACUUUCUCGAGGUAUGUCACGAAUCGUUGAAUUGUGGGAUGGCCUACUGGUUAAAGAGAACGUCAUCGUCAUCAUCGCUGCCGAUGAAAUGUCACGUGACUUUGAUGAGGGACGACCGCACGGAGGGACCCUGUGGGGGCGAGUCCCUCGAGGGGUAUGCCGGGAUGUGCCGAAAACAUUACACUGAAUACUUGGUGGAUGAGAUAAACAUACACAAGUUGGACCCGCUGCAUAUGAUGUCCACAGAGGAAUUAAGCAUCAACAACUCACAAAGAAAUCGUUCGACCAAUCACCGUAGAAAUCGCUUCGAAGUCGACAGCGACCACAACGAUUACGAAAUCGUUGUCCUCGAUGACGUCAUCGGCGAUAACGUUAAAAGUAAACAACAACAACAACAACAACAACGACAUCAACAUCAAAAGCAACUCGUCAGCCAUUUCGGAACAGGCGGUAACAACUCUGAUGACGUUGCUGAUGACGUCACUACUCUAUGCAUCCAGCAGUUACUAUAA